UGCCCUUUUCUAUUCUUUUACUCCGGCUUCACUAUUCUGCAAUGUUUCCUCCACUCUCUGCUCUCUCUUUUCUCUUCUGUGUUUUAGUUUUCGGUGAUCAGAGAAUUCCGUAGAAAAAUAGAAUCGGUUCCAAUAAUCGAUCAUGAGAUAUGACACGGUUUAACUGUUCCUCAAUUGUGAAUCUAUAUCAGUCUGGUCACCUGUCCUGUGAGUUUUUCAGUUUGAUUUUUUCUUUUGGAAUGAAAAGUAUCAAAUUAUUUAUUUUUUUUACCGUUAAUUUUUCUGGAAAAUGGCCCUUUUCUAGUUAUAAUAUUUUUCUUUUUGGGAGAUGGUUCAUUUGUACUUCUUAUGUGAUUAUGUUCACUUGCUAAAAAACCUACUUUUUUAACGAGCUUAAGUGUGCUAAAAUGGUAAUUUUAGUUAUUAAUGAUCAUGUCAAACUGUAAAUGACUUCAAUUUGUUAUUAGGGAAAGUGUUUUAGGUAAUUAUUGUUGUUUUUUAAUAUACCUUUAAUUGUUUGGACAUUUUUGUGUUGUUUUUAGUAGUCUGUGGUAUUUGCUUUGUUGGUUCUGCAGAGCUUUUGCUAGGCCUUGAUGUUUUAAAUAGGCAACUGUUGCUUAGUUAACCUUACAUGAAAUCUUUAUUUCCAGCAACAGCAUUAAUUUUGUUAUGUUUGCACUUUUGUCUAAAAGACGGUAUGAAUGCCUUAAUUAGAAUGCAUUAUGGGAAUUUUGUUAUGCAUUUUGUUAUUAAUAAUUUUUCUGGAGAAGAAACCUUAUAGUCUACUGCUUUUUGGAGUGAGGGUGGUGUCUCAAAAUGAGAGUUAUAUAAUCCAUACACGCCUAGGGUGAAGUAGAGUGCAUAAUUGUAAUUGGAUGGUUAGGGUAGUGUGCUGCUGCAGUUUUUAUGACAUAUAGUUGAUUAAAGGAUAUUUCCUCAAUGGGGGGAGCUUGUUCUAGGAAGAGAGAUCAAUUGGACAAUGUAGAUAAUUUUCAUAAUGGGAUUUCUAGAAGAUAUAGCAAAAGUGCGAGCUCAAAGUGGUUAGCAACUUCAUUUUCUAGGCCUGCUUGUGAACCGCAGCGGGGAAAUCAGAGAUGUCCAUCCCUCAUGGAAUUGUGCAUCCAAAACAUACGUGAGGACAUAGAUAAAUAUAGUACAUUUUCUAUGCUUCCAAGGGACAUUAGUCAGCAGAUCUUCAAUGAAUUAGUGUAUUCUCAACGUUUGACUGAUAUUUCUCUUAAAGCUUUCCGAGAUUGUGCUCUCCAGGAUCUUCACUUGGGAGAAUGCCCUGGGGUUAAUGAUAGUUGGAUGGAUGUAAUCUCUUCACAAGGAAUAUCUUUACUUUCUGUGGAUCUUUCUGGUUCAGAUGUCACUGAUUCUGGAUUGAUUCAUCUAAAAGGCUGUACAAACCUUCAAGCCUUAAAUUUUAAUUAUUGUGACCAGAUUUCAGACCUUGGGCUUAAUCAAAUUAGUGGCCUCUCAAACUUGACAAGUUUGAGUUUUAGAAGAAAUGAUUCAAUUACAGCGCAAGGCAUGAGUGCCUUUGCUAGCUUAGUUAACUUGGUGAAAUUGGAUUUGGAGAGGUGUCCUGGCAUUGGAGGUGGACUUGUUCAUCUGAAAGGGUUGACAAAGUUGGAGUCACUUAAUAUCAAAUGGUGUAACUGCAUAACGGAUGCUGAUAUAAAGCAUCUUUCUGGGUUGACGAAUUUGAAAGUAUUACAAAUCUCCUGCAGCAAGGUUACGGAUAUCGGCAUUUCUUAUUUAAAAGGUUUACAUAAGCUUAAUCUGUUAAACUUAGAAGGGUGCCCUGUCACGGCUGCAUGCUUGGAUACUCUCUCAGCUCUUGCUUCACUGUCGUAUUUGAAUCUUAACAGAUGCCAUCUUUCUGAUGAAGGAUGUGAGGGUUUUUCCAAGCUCAGAAAACUAAAGGUGCUAAACUUGGGCUUCAGUGACAUCACAGAUGCAUGUUUGGUACACCUGAAAGAUAAGAUUUCUGGAUAUAAUAAUAUGGUUGAAAAAGAUGAGAAAGCAUGGAGAAAUUAUGGACUUCUGAAGGGAACUGAAAGAUGUACCAUGAUGCAAUCCUCCCUUGGUUUGACAAAUUUGGAGAGCUUGAACUUGGAUUCUUGUAGAAUUGAUGAUGAGGGCCUGGCUAAUAUAACAGGCCUUCAAUGUUUGAAAUGCUUAGUGUUGUCAGAUACUGAAGUUGGAAGCACUGGGCUUCGACACCUAUCUGGUUUGACCAAUUUGGAGAGUGUAAAUCUGUCAUUCACCAUGAUUACAGAUGGUGGUAUAAGAAAAUUGUCUGGAUUGUCAUCUCUUAAAUCACUUAAUCUUGAUGCUCGCCAAAUUACUGAUAGUGGACUUGCAGCCCUAACUAGUUUGACAGGAUUGACCCAUCUGGACCUCUUUGGAGCUCGUAUUACGGAUUUUGGAACAAACUAUUUGCGAAAUUUCAAAAAUCUUCAGUCUUUGGAAAUAUGUGGUGGAGGAUUAACUGAUGCUGGCGUAAGGAACAUUAAAGAUCUUUCAUCCCUGUUGCUGCUAAAUUUGUCACAAAACUGCAAUCUAACAAAUAAAUCAUUGGAAUUGAUUUCUGGGUUGACAAGAUUGGUCUCUUUGAACAUGUCAAAUUCACGUAUAACCAGUGCAGGGUUGAAGCAUUUAAAGCCACUGAAAAAUUUAAAAUCACUGACCUUGGAGUCAUGCAAAGUGACAGCUAAUGACAUUAAGAAGCUUCAGUCAACUGACCUCCCUCAACUGGUGAGCUUCCGGCCUGAGUAAUUGAGGAGGUAAUGUGGGACAUUCUGUAAAUAGCUAGUGUGGCAUGAAGGAGCUCUGAUGUUUUAAAUAAAAAUAUUAGGGGGCAAAAGGCAAAUGAACCAAUGAAGAAGUGUACAUAUGAUAUGGGUAGACCUAAAUGUUGGUCUUGGGAUGCUUGAAAAAGGAACUUUCACCUUAUUUGAAGCUUUCUUUCAUAUCGUUUAGUAUGAAAGAAACUGUAGAUAAGCUUCCUUGGCAAGUCUUUUGAGCAAUGGCAAUUUAGGAUUAAAAAAAAAAAAAAAAAGGAACCAUGUGUAUAUUCUUGGAUGAAGGUUUUUUUUUUUUUUUUUUUUUUAACCAUGUUGCUAUAUAAAUAACUAUAUAUUCAGCUUAUCUGAACAGCCUCUUAAACCAAUUCCAUUUAAGUUUUCUAUAUGAUUUUGAA